UCAGUUCUGAAUGUUUAAGAGUGAGUCAGAAGAAGAGAAUAACAUAACAGCAGGAGAAACUAGAAAGAAAUUAGAAUGGCCACCUUAGACGAACGCCCAUCUGCGAAAAGGUGGCUUCCUCUUGAAGCUAACCCAGAUGUCAUGAACCAGUUCCUCUGGGGUCUUGGCCUUCCAAUGGAAGAGGCAGAGUGCUGUGAUGUUUUUGGCUUGGAUGACGAGCUUCUGGAAAUGGUUCCGAAGCCAGUUCUUGCUGUGCUUUUUCUUUAUCCCAUUACCGCAAAGACUGAAGAAGAAAGGUUGCAACAGGAAAAUGAAAAAAAGGAUUAUAGCAGUAAAGUGUACUUUAUGAAGCAAACCGUGGGUAAUGCUUGUGGUACGAUAGGUCUGCUUCAUGCACUUGGGAACAUAACUUCCGAAGUCAAGCUUGUUGAGGGGUCCUUUUUUGACAAGUUCUUUAAAUCUACUGCCAGCAUGGAUCCAUUGCAGCGGGCUGCCUUUCUCGAGAAUGACAGGGAGAUGGAAGUUGCUCAUUCAGUAGCAGCCACUGCUGGCGACACAGUGGCAUCAGAUAAUGUGGACACUCAUUUCAUCGCCUUUGCCUGUGUGGAUGGUCAACUGUAUGAGCUUGAUGGAAGAAAGUCAGGACCAAUAUCUCAUGGUGUAUCAUCACCAAGUACUUUGUUGAGGGAUGCAGCUAAAGUGAUCCAGAGCAUGAUCCAGAAAAAUCCAGAUUCCCUCAACUUCAAUGUCAUUGCAAUAUCAAAGAAAUCCGGGGAUGGACAUUAAGAGGCCUAUCAAGUUAAGAAUCCUUCGUUUCAAAUAGAUGAUGCAAAAAUUGUAGGUUGAAAACUGAUACCAGAAAAGUGAAUGUCAAAGUUUGAAAGUCUAAGGUUGAGGAUAAGGUGCGACAUCUGCGUAAGGUCUUGCAUACUGUGUCGUAGGAGAGAACACGUGCGGUGCCUUUCCUCAUCUUCUCAUUAUUUUACAACACUGCAAUGUGAAGUCACUACAGCUUAUUCAAAAUUUAUUUUCUAUUUCAA